AAAUUAGCAUGUAACCCUAAGGUUGCUAAAACACUACUGCUUCGUUCACUGUAAACAGGUCACCUUUCGUCGUUCCUUUGAAUGAACCGGCCUAAAGAGCCGGCUCUUUCGGGCAGACACGCAUUGGCUGAGUGGGGUAAAGGUGAACACAGGCUGGCGUUGCAGCUGCAGGAGCUGCAGACAGCAACACAGCCACAUUCCCUCUUUUAUACAGCUGUGUAAAAGGAACCAAACCCAAGAUAUUUAUACUCAAAACAUCCCGGAGAAGCUGAGCUAGCAAGAGAAGAAAUGGCCAAUCAGUUAACAGACACUCUGCCUGAACGGACCUUUCAGUACCAGAACAGUCUGCCUCCCCUACCUGUACCAUCACUCCAGGGCAGCCUGUCUAAGUAUCUGGAUGCAGUUCGUCCAUUUGCAACAAAAAAAGAGUUUAAAGCUACCAUGAACACUGUGAGGAAAUUCUCCGAAGGUGUCGGCAGAGAGCUGCACCAGAAAUUGCUGCAGAGAGCGAAGGAAAAGAGAAACUGGCUGGAGGAAUGGUGGUUGGACACGGCGUAUCUAGAAGUGCGGAUUCCCUCUCAGCUGAAUGUAAACUUUGGAGGCCCUGGGCCUUACUUGGAGCAUUUCUGGCCUCCUGCUGAAGGAAUUUCUCUGCAGAGAACCAGUAUCAUAACAUGGCACACGCUGCAGUACUGGGACCUGCUCCGCACGGAAAGACUUGCUCCCCAAAAAGCUGGGAAAACCCCACUAGACAUGGAUCAGUUCAGGAUGCUCUACUCCACCUGCAAAGUACCUGGAGUGAAGAAGGACACCAUUCGUAACUACUUCAAGACAGUGAGCGAGGGCCCGUGUCCUUCCCACCUGGUGGUGAUGUGCCGUGGACGGAUUUUCACUUUCGAUGCACUUUUUGAUGGACAGAUCCUGACUCCUCCAGAGCUCCUCAGGCAGCUGAGCUUCGUGAAGAAGCGCUGUGAGGGAGAACCAGAAGGAGACGGGGUUGGCGCACUGACAUCUGAUGAACGGACUCGCUGGGCAAAGGCUAGAGAGCAUCUAGUCAGCAUCGAUCCACACAAUAAGACGAUUCUGGAGACCAUUCAGAGCACCCUGUUUGUCAUCUCCCUGGAUGAAUCCAAACCCUACUCCCGUCCCGAGAACUACACUAAUCUAACGGCAGCAGCCCUCACAGGUGACCCCACUAUCCGCUGGGGGGAUAAAUCCUACAACUCAAUCGCAUUUUCAGAUGGCACUUUUGGAUCCACUUGUGAUCAUGCACCAUAUGACGCUAUGGUGCUGAUAUCGAUGUGUUGGUAUCUUGACCAACAAAUCAGAGCUACAGAGGGACAAUGGAAGGGUUCAGACACAAUCAGACAGAUUCCUUUUCCUGAGGAGCUGCUGUUCACUUUGGAUGAAAAAGCCUACAGUGACAUCCAUCAUGCCAAACAGCAGUAUCUGGAGUCUACCCAGGACCUGCAGAUCGUGUGCUAUGCCUUCACAGCGUUUGGAAAAUUGGCCAUCAAACAGAGGAAGCUGCAUCCGGACACAUUUAUCCAACUGGCAAUGCAGCUAGCUUACUACAAAUUGCACAAGAAGCCGGGAAGUUGCUAUGAAACAGCAACGACUCGCAGGUUUUACCACGGCAGGACAGAGACUAUGCGACCUUGCACCCAGGAGGCUGUGAACUGGUGCAAAGCCAUGAUGGACCCUGCAUGUGAGGUGAAAGCUCGGAGGACCGCCAUGCUGUCAGCUUUUAAUAAACACAACAAACUGAUGUCUGAAGCUCAAGAUGGAAACGGUUUUGACAGGCAUCUACUUGGGCUUUACCUUAUUGCUAAAGAAGAUGGACGCCCCACACCUGAGCUGUUCUCUGACCCCCUCUACUCUAGGAGUGGCGGCGGUGGGAACUUUGUGCUGUCGUCCAGUCUGGUGGGCUACACAACAAUAAUGGGGGCGGUGGCUCCGAUGGUUCACCAUGGUUACGGUUUCUUCUACCGCAUCAGGGAUGACAGCAUUGUGAUCUCUGUCACAGCCUGGAAGUCCUGCCAUGAGACAGAUGCAGCCUCACUCUUCAACCUCUUCUCCAGCUCCAUGCACGAGAUGCUCCAUCUGGCCACCACAGCUAAUCUAUAAAUAGCCAUCCAUUAAAGGCUGAAUUUGUUUCAUUUCUUCUCUCCCUCUUGUCACAUGCAGCUCAGACUGAUUUUAUACUGACAGCUAGAUCAGCACAAAUCAAUGCAAGAGAGCAGAAUCUGUAACACUACAGUAGAUGAGCUCUGCUAAUGAAAAACUUUUUCUUCUUAGCAUUUUUAUUGAUAAUUUUUCUGUGCACAUAUGACUGUUUAUUUCUUUGAUUUUUGUGCAAGAUUUGUUUUUAUUUUGCAUCCAAUUGUUUUUGAAAUUGCAUAAUUUCUGUUAGACUCCUGUCCUGAAGUUUGAAUGCUACUUUUACUGAUCAUGGAUGACAGACCCCGAAUGAGCCGUAUCGAUAAAACUACAGUUACUACAUAGAGAUGUUUUUAAAUAAUGCAUGCCUUAAAAGAACUGUAGUUCCACAGCCUUGCUUUUUAUUAAUGUUCUCAGGUCUGUGAUUAUGCAAAUGUCCCCUACCUCUUUUCUUCUUGCUAAAGAAGCAGAAACCUUACCUUUGAUCUAUGAUGGAUGGACUCCUGAUGAAUCUGAGCUCAUAAAUAAUCUUAAUUGUAAAUAUAUAACAGGUUUAAUUUAUCUGCAGAAGUCCAUCAUUUUGUCAUGGGAAAAAAAAUGACACUCUUCGCUGCAUUUUGGUUGGAUUCUCUCUAACAAAGAAUUACAUAUUAAAUUAUUGUUAAAAUA